AUGAUCAAUUCCGAUAACCUCCACAAUGCGCUCAACGCCGACAUCAAAACGCCUAUCCCAGAGUCAAUCGUCUCCAAGAUCAUCUCCCUGCCUCCAUUCAUUACUGUCUCGGGAGUAUCAAAUUUUCGAGAUCUAAGCUAUGAGAACAACUUACGCCCUGGCUAUGUCUACCGAUCAGCGAACCUGUCAGACAUUACCGAAGAAGGCAAGGUGAUGUUUACUGCAGACUUGGGCAUUACCACGAUCUUCGACUUGCGAAAUGAGAGCGAAAGGACAAAAGCCCCACCUCCACAAAUCGAGCGGAUUGACACGAUUUGGAUGCCUUACGGUACCAGGCCAGCGUCGCUAAAUCUGCGCGAUUUUGCGGGAGAAGACAAAGGCGCCAAUGGGUUUGUCAAGAUGUACACGGGUAUUUUGGAGGCAUGUGCGCCGGCCUUUGCCCAAGUGUUCAAACAUAUCAGGGAUCAACCGGAUGAUCCAUUCGUUUUCCAUUGUUCCGGUACGUUUGUUCUACGAUUUCCAGGCAUCCAUACGGUCGCCUUUUCUACCCUGUUCGAUUGGAGAUUCGCUGAUCAGUGUAUUCUAUUUCCUACAGCUGGCAAAGAUCGCAGCGGUGUCUUAGCAGCACUCAUUCUGCUCCUCAUGGGUCGGCCCCUGAACGAAAUCACCAACGAUUAUAUGCUCACACGAGCCGGGUUAGAAAAUGUGCGGGAGAAUCUGACUCAGGCUCUGGCUUUGAACGAAGGCACUGGCCAUCUGAGCCCCGAAGCGAUCGGCAUGUUGGAGCUGAGCGGCGUUCGGGCGCAAGCCAUGGCGGCGUUUCUCAAGAGCUUCCACUCCACCUACGGCAGUGGCGCCGAGGGAUAUCUGACUGCAAAGCUUGGCUUUUCGCAUGACGAUAUCAAACUCAUGCGCAGGAGCUUGGCGGCUUGA